AUGGACCGCUCCAAGAAGCCUUCUGCUAUCGGCGUAGGAGCCUCCCUCCCACAGCCCACCGUCUCCACCAAUGAUGGAACCAUCGAAGCUCGCUUGCCCUCCGGCGAGUCCGUCACGGUGUACCUAUACGGCGCCACGGUCACCUCGUGGAAGGCCAAUGGCCAGGAACAACUGUUUCUGAGCGAGAAGGCUCAUCUCGAUGGCUCCAAGCCGAUUCGCGGUGGCAUUCCGCUUGUUUUUCCGGUCUUUGGCCCUCCUCCCCAGAACCACGCGACUUCCCCGCUUCCGCAACAUGGCUUCGCCCGUAACUCCAUUUGGGAGUUCCUCGGCAAGUCGUCCUCAGAGUCUGGUCAAGGGGAUUUCUCAGUGAAGCUCGAUUUCGGUUUGUCGCACGCCCUGUUGACCGAGGAGUUCCGGAAGGCAUGGCCAUACGAGUUUGGCCUUGUCUACAGUGUCACGCUCACCAAAGACACACUGGCAACCGCUCUACAGGUCACCAAUGAGGGCAAGGAGAACUUUGAGUUCCAGGUGCUGAUGCAUACUUACUUGCGUGUCGAGGACAUCUCAAACAUCCGGGUCAAAAAUCUCGAGUCCAAGACCUAUGUUGAUAAGACCCGUAACGCAUCCUCCCACACCGAAACCUCCCCCGCGCUUGCUAUCACCGAAGAGACCGAUCGCGUCUACCAAGAUCUCGACCCUGCCAAGCCAAUCGUUGUCUCCUCUGCCUCAGAUAACAACCCCUUGUUCUCAAUUUCUCGCGAAGCUCUGGGCGAUGUCGUGGUCUGGAAUCCCUGGAUCGAGAAGGCGAAGGGAAUGUCCGAUUUUAGUCCAGAUGAGGCAUACAAGAACAUGAUCUGUGUCGAGGCUGGAUCUGUCGCUACAUGGCAAACUCUGGAGGCUGGUGACUCCUGGUCUGGCGGACAAAUCAUCAAAUCCCGUCUGUGA